AUGACAUUCAAUGAUAGCUCAGAUCUUCCACUCUUGCAGCCUCGCAGCAGGACGCUUAUCGAAGUCAACGAAUCUGCUCAGCAGUCAACGUCACAAUCGACUUUAAGGAAAUCUCGUUUGGACUAUUGGAAGAUAUGCUCUAUUGGAGCCAUACUGGGAUCGAUUGGAUUCGGCAUCUUUGUCAGCGCGGCGGUGCUCGCAAUAAAGUUGGACGUUUAUACGCACAACAAGGUAUCAAUGCAUGCAUUUCAAGACUAUCUCGACAUAAUGGCGACAUGUGCAUCUACUGGUAGCGCUGAAGAGAACAAGAAUAAACCGAAGGUACUGAACAAGGGUGUUGGUUGGCUACUUGGUGGUAACGAUCCCGAGCAUGUCCUGACAUCGCUACCAAAAAUAUCGUUAUUUGAGGACCUUCCUGAUAAUUGGGACUGGCGUAACUACAAUGGAACAGGCAUCAGCUUGACUACUAGCGUCAUGAAUCAAAUGGUGCCACGAGCUUGCGGAUCUUGCUGGGCUUUUGCAACGGUCAGUGCACUGUCAGAUCGCAUUCGAAUCGCGCGGUAUAGAAAGACAGGCCGUCUCGACACUGAGGUGCUGCUAUCUCCGCAAGUCUUGCUGGACUGUGGCAUGCGCUCAUUUGGAUCGUGCCAUGGCGGAGACCCGCGAUAUGCACACAAGUGGAUCUACGAAAAUGGAAUUGUUGACAUGACAUGUAAUCCGUACAUCGCAUCGCAUCCAUCUUGGAUGGGUGGGGGCGACUGCGCUUCAACGCAGUGCCACACGUGCAACUUGAAGGGAGAAUGUUUCGUUUUGGAAAACCCAGUCAAGUACCGGAUCUCGGAAUACGGCACUUUAAAUUUUACAACGUCUGAGGAGUUUCAACUUCAGGCAAUGAACGAAAUUUACCACCGUGGCCCCAUUGUCGUGAGCAUGUACUCGUUGGCACCAAAGUACCGGCAGUUUAAAGGAGGCUACAUUUUGCGCGACUCAACCAAGUACUCCGGUACAACACACGUCGUGAGCCUCGUGGGAUGGGGCACCGACGCUGAAACUGGUGUAAAAUAUUGGAUUGUUCGUAACUCAGACGGCACGAAUUGGGGCGACGAUGGAUUUUUUGCUGCCGAGAGGGGUGUGAACAUUUACAAUAUUGAAAGCCACGGAGCUUGGGCUGUACCCAUUGUGUACGUCUCACAGGAUCUUCUUGUUAGCACGAGCAUCGGUCACCAAAUUGGGGGUGAUUCUCAUGCGACAUUAGUAGAAAGCUUAGUUCGGACAAAUGUCGUGGCUUCUGGCUCGCGAUUGGAGGCCGCGCUGAGGCGUGUGGACCGAAGAGAUUUCGUGGCGCCGGAAUUUCGUGACUCAACCAGUUGCUACGAUAACCGUCCGCUAAAGAUUGGAACGAUAGCUACAAUCUCUACUCCUCAGCAACAUGCACAGGUGCUCAGGCUAUUAGAGCCUCAUCUUCAGCCAGGAAUGACGGCAUUGGAUGUGGGCUGCGGGUCAGGCUUUCUUGUGGCUGCUAUGGCUCUUUUAGUAAGUCCCGGGGGAUUUGUUACGGGAAUUGACAUUGUCCCGGCGUUGGUUAAGCUCUCUAAAGCGAACCUGUUGCACAGUCUUGGGAAGGAGACGGCGUUUAAGCAGACCGAGAUUAUUGUUAGCAAUGGAAAGAAUGAUCUUGGCUUGCCUAUCAAUGCUCAAUACGACUGUAUUCAUGUUGGUGUUGCCGUGGAAACAAAGGCGGAAGCCGAAAGCUUUUUGAAACUGGUAAAACCUGGUGGAGGGCUAUUGAUUCCUUUUGGAAGCGCGUGUGCUGAGCAGAAGCUAAUUAAGGUGUUGACGAAGUAUGCCGAUGGAUCCGUGGAUAAGCGCUUCAUCAUGAAUGUUUUGUGUCAACCUAUGCUCGACAGUACUGCCGACGGGGCCACGUGGAUGACUCGUGCAGAGAAGCUGGCACAACUGGAGUCCGAUCUCAAGGAGUGGUGCAAAAAAUUUGAGUCUAGUGCUAGCCGAAAGCCCACACGAGACGACCUUAUGGACAACGAUGAGUCCAAGAAGCUGUUUCGAGAAUUUGCGGCGCUGAGAAAGUAA